AUUCACUUUAAGAAUUGCCCUUGAUAUAAAAAUAUUUAUUUAAUCUUUUAUUGUUGUUCAUUAUACUCAAAAUGUCAUGAAUUUUGUGAUAUCUACACAUUUACUAAGUUUAUAAAUACAAUGAAUAUUUGACUUGCAAAUAUUAGGUAUUUGAAACAACUUGGGUGUAUCACAAAGGAGAUAUGGUAUCAUGGAUGCCUAUUGACUACAUAUGAAGUGUUUACAGUAUCAAAAAUAAUCUGUAUGAGGAUAUAUGUUUUGAAGAUGGGGUAUAGGUUUGGAUAAUGGCAUAUCUGAGAGGGUUGGAAACCCCUAAAAUACCACAAGGAUUAACUAAGAACACUAGCAAGGAUAAGAAACCUACAAAAGAACAAUUAGCAUUACGGAGAUCAUCUUCUGAGAAGUUUCCAUUUUAUAAUAUUGCCAGUCGAGUCAGGAAAUUAACAAGAAAAAAAUCAUUAGAAGUACAUAGUGACAAUAACAUAGAUGAUUCGAGCAGAGAGUCUCUAGACAAAGAGAAGUAUGGCUCCUCAAAGGAAAGUCUUCACAGCAACAAACAUACAGCUGAAAAUGCCCAGUUACCAUAUAGCAUUGAUGAGUGUGCAGAUGAUGCUGCUGCCCUCUGUAAUAACCAAAAUGGCUCUAUAGAUGUCGAUAUGAAUGGUAAGGUCGUAUUUCAUAUUGGUAGCGAACCUGAUGGGAAAGAACGACCAAAAAAGGACAUAUAUCUCCCUAGAUAUGUUCAGAGACGCUAUGUGCACGAAAGGAAGACCAGUGAACCAGUUAAGGUUGUGACGGAUGAACCAGAAGCCAUAAGUGAGAAGAAUGCCAGCAGUGUUUCCCUACCUGAUAUGGCAGGUACUCUCGAACCAGUUGAAGCACGUGAAGGAUCCACAGAGAAGGAAAUACUGGGAUCUGAUUCAUUUAGAGCAGAAAAUGGUGGCAAGCUUCAUCACGCUGAAUCAACAACUUCAACUAAGAGUCAACGUUCAGUUUCAUCAGACAAGAAGAAAAAAGGAUCAAAUUGGUAUAAUGUGCUUAGUCCAACUUACAAGUCAAAGAGCUAUGACUUCAGGCGGAUAUUCAAGGACCUUCCCCAGGAUGAGAGACUUAUUGUAGAUUACUCCUGUGCUCUACAGAAGGAGAUAUUGGUGCAUGGCAGGCUCUAUGUCACACAAAACUGGAUCUGUUUCUAUGCCAACAUAUUCAGAUGGGAGACAGUGUUGACAAUUCGCUGUAAAGACAUAUCUGCGCUUACAAAGGAAAAGACCGCUCGGGUGAUUCCUAAUGCAAUACAGAUCCUCACAAAGAAUGAGAAAUAUUUCUUCACCUCCCUCAGUGCCAGGGACAAGACGUAUCUUAUGCUGUUUAGAGUGUGGCAGAAUGCUUUGAUGGACCAGCCUAUGAGCGCUCAAGAACUUUGGCAGUGGGUACAUUACAGUUACGGUGACGAACUUGGACUUACAUCUAGUGACGACGACUACGUUCAACCAGAGGACGAUUCUAAAGUUGAAGAUAAAGAGGGAACACUCACACCAAAUAUGAAGGCUCCCUUGGAUAGCCCAGCAAGCAGCAUCGGAUUAGCUAAUGGAGAUCUUAAUCACUCCCCAGUGGACUCCAUCUCAAUGUGUUCCGAUGACGUUGGGCUCCUUAUGAAGCCUGUACCUGCGAUGAUGGUGACAAGAUCAGAAUCAAUGGAUGGCCCAGCCAAUGCAGAGGUCCCUACUGAUAUGGGUGACACUACAGAUGAUGAUGAAGAAGGUGAGGUGGCAUGUACAGGCCAUGAUCACAUGAACCUGACGAUGAUAAAUGACAUCUACGAAUUCAGUGUAGACCAGAUGUUUGAAAUGUUAUUUACGGACUCAAAAUUUUCCAAAGACUUCACAGAAGCCAGAAAAACCACAGGUUACAACAGUAUAGAUGAUCUUGUGACAUCACACUGGACUGAUGAUGAUGCUGAGGGGAACAAGACUAGAACAUUGUCUUACACACUGUCUCUCAACCACGCAUUGGGACCCAAGACAUCUAUUGCCACAGAGAAACAAGUGUGUUAUGCUCAGAGUAAACCAGGUAUCAUCUAUGUUGUUGACUGUGAGGUGGCCAAUCAGGGAAUACCAUACGCAGACAGCUUCUAUGUGGUUCAGCGCUAUUGUAUCACACGUGUCUUGAACCACAAAUGUCGCCUGAGAAUCACCAGUGAGAUCAAAUACAAGAAAUAUGUAUUUGGUCUUGUAAAAAAUUUUAUCGAUAAAAAUACAAUAGCUGGGCUAAAUGAUCAUUACGGUCACCUAGCUGAAUCAUUGCGUAAGGAGUGUGACCGGCUCACAUCGUUACUGCCUGUACAAGCAGGAAAGAAAAAAGUACGGAAACGGAGGAAGAGUCACACAAAAGCUGAACGUAUACCACAUAUAAAUCACACACCAUCUAUCAUCGAAAAACAAACUCCACCAAGGCCAAUUCCAAAAAUUAGUAGUCAUUAUGUUGCAGGUCAAAUGACUCGUGCAGUAGAGAACCAAGCCGCAGUGGAAUCACAUAAUCUAGUCAGGGUCGUCUGUGCUGUAUUAAUACUUCUGGUAAUGUUCAAUGCACUUCUGUUCUACAAACUCUGGUCUAUAGAGGGCAGGACAGUCAACAGGCUUCACACUCCACUCAGUACACACAUUCCAAGUGAGCCCCCUGAGAGUCCGGCUGACUGGGCCAGCCUGCUAGAACGCCAGGAGGUACUACAUAAUAUGGAGAUAGAUAGGUGGAAAGACAUACUAUCCUCGUCUAUUGAGAUUAUGGAGCAGAUGAAACAAACAUUAGUAGAGCUAAAAGACAAUUUAGAUACACGACGAACAAGUCAUCAUGAGGAAUUAUGACCUUGACCUCAAGUGCAGUAUGGGCAUUGUUCAAGAUUAACUCUUAGGAGUAGUCAAAGUGAGUCAUAAUGUUGACAUUGGUGUCAUAAUGUUGACAUUGAAGUCAUAAUGUUGACAUUGAAGUCAUAAUGAUGACAUUGAAGUCAUAAUGUUGACAUUGAAGUCAUAAUGUUGAC